ACAGUAGAUUCUGAACGAGGAUGUUCAUGUUGAACUAAUUGCAUCGCUUGGAGAACUACAAUGGCCUACCACGCGGAGGAUAAUGUGGGACUCAUGCCUAAUGUUUACCGUUAUGUCUCGCUUUGUAACUGCAAGUAGUCAUGUCAGUAUUAGGAGUUUAUCUGUUGUUAUUAGCGCUAUUCUACAGGGAUGGAAUGAGAUUCACCGCAAGCAGUUUGUCUGCCGCGGGCCAGAUGGCACAGCGCGAUGACGACGAUAUUGUAAACUUUAUUGUUAAGGGCGCAGCAGACCAGCAAGUGGUUCAACAAAUUCAGCAUCAGGACCAGACAGCAUCAGUCUACUCGUCAGGCUCUGGAUUCCCUCUGAAGGUCCAGGUCAAUGACAUGUCAACCCGCCACGUCCUGAGCCUAGCCACAGUGGAGGUGUAUGUGAACUACACCAGAACCAACUCUGCUCUCACCACUGAGGACGGUAGAGUUUUUCUUCAUGUGCCCUACCAACUGGGGUUACCCCUCACCAUCGUGGCUAGCAUGGAUAGUUACCUGCUCACCCUGCUGCCCUGGAAAACCACCAGGAUACCAAUAUUUUCAGCUGUGACCAUGUCCCUGUUGUCCAUACACCAAGGCAACAUCUGGUGGUUUGACGAUUCAGUUCUGAUAACUGGCAAAACAUCUGAUGCCUUGUCUCAGCCCAGGGUCCAGUUCCCUAAGAGUCUCCUGAACCUGACAGACAGAAGAAGCCUCUCCUCUUUCAGAGCUUACAUUACAACGCCUCAGCCUCCCGCUGGGAAAGACUGCUACACCACUGGCCUUCUCAUCAACCAGUCAGGAUACAGCAGCAUUGCGUUGAGCCCCAUAGCAGCUGUCAGUGCUCAACUCUUGUCCAAUGGCAGAGAGAUCCAGGUGACCGGGCCAGUACAGAUCACUCUACCCCUGGGGGACAACUCUGGACUGCAGGCCUCUCAUGCUGUGCCAGCCUGGUCCUUUGACCAUACUACUGGUGCCUGGAUGAACAGAGGACUGGGAAUUAUGAAGAUGGAGGAGGGGAAGUUGUUUUGGACCUUCAUGGCUCCUCAUCUAGGCUACUGGAUAGCAGCACCCAUGCCUUCGAUCAAGGGUUACAUGGGACAUGCCACCCCUAUGGACUUCAUCUCCUACCAUAGCUCCUUGAUCGUGGCUGUGCUAGGAGGAACUCUUGUCUUCCUUGUUGGAGUUUUAGCAGUGAUGCUCUGUUGUCGUAGUGAACCUAAGACAAAGAGGAUCCACGCCACCAAAAUGGCGUCGUUGAAGAUGGACCAAACCACCACGACAAAUGACAACCAACUCUGCGAAGUGUCCUCUCAAGACUCCACCCACUCUGAAGACGUAUCCCACCAAUUAUUAAUGAGGGGCGAUGGCAAAUCGGUCGAUUCAGCCACUUCCAAGUACAAUGACGACUUCAACAUUUACAUUGAGGGUACAGAUCUUAUUGGUUCAGAGUCCUCCAGGCCUUUGCAGCAGGCCCUUGUCAACAGCAGUGACAUUCUGUGGACACGGGACAUUUCUGAGGGGAUAAAUAUACCUCUCUCUCUCAAUGAGAGCUUGUUCCUCCAGGACAGACUGCUCCAAUUCCACAACCAACCUGUGGCUAUCCUCCAUGCUCCGGGGCUUUGGAGCUCACCAGAGCAGCACUCUCCGGGAUGCAGGUCUGCCACCCUGCCCCGAACAGGUGGGAUGUACGACCUUGGGCAAGGACAAACUGUGGGCAUGGACAACCUCACACAGACUUUACCCAAGGUCCCUCUGGCCACUCUGGAGCGCUCCCAGGGGCAUGGCAGGGAGGGGCUUCACGGGGACACGUCCACCUUCAAGCCAGAGUCCUGGAGCCGCUACUACAGCAGCCUCCCAGAGUCCGUCUCAGUCCCCGGCACACUGAACGAGGCCAGAGGAAGAGGAGGCCACCGCCCUGGGGGUGAGCGUCCCUUUUCCAGCGAGCUCCAGGAAACAGACCAGAAUUCAGAGCAGACCCCCUCAGAGCUCACCAGGGCCAGGCCCUCUCCUCUCGCCCCGCGGGCAUGGUUUGUAUCCCUGGAGGGCAAACCGGCCGCAGAGAUCUGCCGCAACUCUUCCUCCGCCACGGACUCCAAGAGAAAACGCAGGGCGGCAGGGGACAGCCGUGACACCAGUCUUGACUCUGGAGUGGAUAUGAGCGAGCCCAACAACCAGCCAACURUUGGGAAUAGGCAGACGACGCUGGAUCGUAGUGGCACCUUUGUCAAGAGAGCCACGCUCCAUAUUAAGCCCCCCCUUCUCGUUUCCGGUGAGGAAUUGAACAAAAAGUGCAGCGGGAAAGGCGCCAUGGGGGRCCAGACCCUGAUUGAUGACGCCCCCCUGGGGACCGUCCUGGGUGUAAGUGGAUCUAGCGGAACUGCUACCAACGUCUCACAGGAGAGAGGGGAGGGGCCGAGUGCUUGCCCAGAGAGACAGUGAGUUCAGGGCUAUACUCAAAUUUCAAAAAAAUUAUACUCAAAAAAUAUAUAUAUAUAUUUUUUUCACCUUUAUUUAACCAGGUAGGCUAGUUGAGAACAAGUUCUCAUGAUAAGGACAAUGACAAGAACCUGGCAUCACAUGGAGGAAAAGCCACUCACAAAGCUGAACUAGGAGCAUGAGCUGAAGUUGUGUAGGUGAAUAGUCAUAGACAUAAAAUUGCACUGACUGUGUCAAUACAUGUUAUGACAAUGCCUAAAGGUGGUGUUGUACAAUCUAUUGUAUUAAUCUGUCGAAUGCAAACACGGUGAAACUUAAAUUAAUCUUAGUUUCACUUCACGUGUUCCAUUUCUUACUCAUAACAUAGAAUGCAUUCGUGUAGGCUGCACCUUUACAAACACGCCAUGCAUGUCUUCACUUAAGUUUCAUUGUGAAUCAGCCUGUCUGUUAUUGACUAUACUCACAUAAAGAAAGUCUGUUACAUUCCUGGAAGUAAGCACAUAUUUGCCUCAGCAACAUUUUAACUUGUCAGUACGGAAAGUUGUAUGGUCUCCAGAUUUACGUUUACUACCAGAUUCYGCUCUGUUAGACAUCCUGUCCUGUGGUAAAUUAUAUMUUCCUGUCCUGUAGCCCUUGAACUGUAUGUUGGGUGAGAUGGCUGCUCCCGCUCUGUUGAAAACCAGCUGUUGUUCAUCUAGUUUACGGGAAUCUAGACUUCUCUCAUUMCACCUCUGCCACUUAAAUGUAACUGCUUGUACUUGCUGGUACUUCACCGCAGUCAUGGUUUUAUCAACUAAAGUCUAUUAUUCUUGUCUUCCCUAGAUUUUGUACAAUUUAUAAUGGCAUGAGUUGUUGUUUAAGUCAAGAGAAUAUUGAAAGAGUAAUUACAUUUUCAAAUAUGCUUGUGUGAGCCUGUUAUGAUGCAUAUGAGUUUGCUUGCAAAUGACUCAUCACUGGUUGGCACAGAGGCUUAUUGUCACGACUUCUGCCGAAGUCAAUGCCUCCUUGUUCGGGCGGUGCACGGCGGUCGACAUGCCAAUGACCAAAAACACAACCCGUUCAAUGUUAAUUAUGAUUAUUGAUAGUUUGUAUUUAGGUAUAUACAGUAUUAGGGGCACUUCUAUGGAAACUUUGAUCGCUUUUUCAUUGUCACUCGUCUUUGAUUGCUUUUUAAAAUAAAAUAGCAGCAUACAUCAA